CGUGCGUAGAUGGGGUCUAGAUUGAGCCCAAAUUCGUCCCGAAAUAGACGAAAUGCAACGUGAAUGAGGAGCACUCUGCAUUCAGCGCAGCAGCGAAAUGAGUGCUAAUAACUGAUUCGGCAGAGCUGCUCAUAAGCCAGUCGGACUCGCCGUUGGAAAAAGGAGAAUAUAAUUCUGGGAGUUGUGGAUGGGAUCACGAGCACCACCUGCCGUCAAAGUGCACAAACAGCGGUCAGUCGAUCGAUAGGCGCGCCAAAGUGAAAAAUAGGCUUGGGAAGCUCUGGACAGGAUGAGCAGCGCCGGUACAGUGGCCGCUCCUCUGGCCGUCGGGCCUGGCGGCCGAGCCUCGGCCGAAUACUACCCAUUGGGGCCGCACACUCCCCAGCGAGAGGUUAUCAGGAACAGUGGGGCCGGACCGGCCUCAGGGACCACAGCUAGCGGGCGGGGCCGCUUCAGUGGUGUCCGGGCGUCGUAUAAUGAGCGUCUGGCCUCCAGGUACCAGCCCAGUCAUCAACAUCAUCAUCCAUUGGCAGCCCCGUUGGCAGCAGCUGCCCCUGUUCGGGAGCUUGUCUACCGCAGCAACUCGAGUUUAGAAGUGGAGCAGGAUGAGGUUUCGCCUAGUCCUCUUCGGAGAGAAUAUGGCAGCCAUGGUUCCAUAGAUAUGUUAGGUGACGGCCCCAGUCCAGGCCAAGGCAGUUUUUUUGCUCUCCUUCAGGACUUUAAAUGUAAGGCCCCGCCAGACCAGCGCAGUCCCGGACCUGCCAGAAUUGCCGACGUCCUCAGGGGCAGGGUGGAGCAGACGGAAGUGGCCAGUACCAUCCCCAUGAUGACUGGCGCCUUCAUGGGCCCCCCUGAGAUUGAACUCGAUGCAGCUAGCCCAAAGAUGAAAACAAAGCUGCACAAGUUCUGGGGUGAAAAGUCUGCAAAGAAAGAGGUGGAGCAGCCGCCAAGCAUCUUCAAGAAGCUGCGUGGAAAGGCGCAGGGUGACGAAGAUUUGGCGGUCAUUGCGUCUUUUGAGGAUGAGAAGGAGAGACAGCGGAGACGGGCCUUUGCCCACUAUGACUGCCAGAGUCUGACAGCCAACCUGCCUUGCACUGCUUCUAGACUGAGGAAUCUGCUGCUGCUAAGGAGGAGGAAUACUGCCACCGGUGCUUCAGCCGCGUCUAUGCGCUCAGCAACCCCGGACGCUCCUCUUUUGAAUGGAAUCAGUUCCAGUUCCGAACAAUUAGAUGAGGAAUCUGGUGAUGGAAGAAAAAAUGAGCUGCUGGACAACUGCCCUUUCUUCAGAAAUGAAAUUGGCGGUGAGGAAGAGAGGGAAGUUGGUCUGACUAAGAUAACAACAACCAAGAAAAGAACAGAUUUCUCCUCUUUAGUCCUACAAAUCAUACACCGCCCUCCUCUAGCCUAUGGUAUUUCAGUGCUAGAAUCUAUCCCUGGUGAGUCUCUCUGGAGGAGCUCAGUUUGUCCUUAUCAGAAGCCAACCCGUCCUAUUGAGAGCACAGAUCAAGGAGCUCUUUACUAUAGGAAGCAUUUCCUAGGACAAGAGCACCAAAAUUGGUUUGGUUUGGAUGAGACUUUGGGACCAGUUGCUAUCAGUAUUAAAAGAGAAAAGCUGGACGACAGUUUAAACUCGGCAAACGCAAGCCAAUUGGACAAUAUUGGAUCAAUGCUAUACCAGUACCGAGUCAUAGUUAGGACAAGUGAGCUGCUUACACUCAGGGGAGCUAUCCUUGAAGAUGCCAUUCCCAGCAGCAAAGUCAAUAAGGGUGCUAGCAUAAAGGAUUUACUUGAAUACGUCGCCCCAGAAAUUCAACAUCAAUGUUUGCGUCUUGGAGUAUCUGCAACAGCUACAGAAGAGCAGCUGACCAAGUUAGACGAGCAAGGUUUAAGUAAUAAUUAUAAAGUGGGGAUCAUUUACUGCAAGCCGGGUCAGAGCACUGAGGAGGAAAUGUACAAUAACGAGGAUGCAGGGCCCGCAUUCAGUGAAUUUCUGGAAACGAUCGGCCAAAGAGUUAGACUGAGAGGAUUUGACAAGUACAAAGCUGGCCUGGAUACUAAGACUGACUCAACCGGUCUUUACUCAGUAUACUCACAAUACCAGGAGUACGAAGUCAUGUUCCAUGUUUCAACAUUGCUACCUUUUACUCCCAAUAACAGGCAACAACUCCUUCGAAAAAGACACAUCGGAAAUGACAUUGUGACCAUUGUCUUCCAAGAGCCUGGGGCUCUACCCUUCACACCAAAGAACAUUCGUUCCCAGUUUCAGCAUGUAUUUAUCGUGGUGCAGGCCAUCAACCCGUGUUCAGAAAACACCCAAUAUAAAGUGGCAGUUAGCAGGUCAAGAGAUGUGCCCAUUUUUGGCCCUCCUUUGCCGGAGAAAGCCCUUUUUUUUCGUUCAAAGGAUUUUGCAGAUUUCCUUUUGGCAAAAGUGAUCAAUGCUGAAAAUGCAGCCCACCGAUCAGAAAAAUUUGUAACAAUGGCCACCAGAACAAGACAGGAGUACCUGAAGGACUUAGUUGCAAACCACUGCACCACCACAGCCAUUGAGAUCAGUCAAAAAUUCUCAAUGCUUUCAUUCAGUAGCAAGAAGAAGGACAAGUCGAACUGCUCACAACGAAGGUCUGUUGCUGAAGCUUUCCAGCAACGGGGCGCAAUUGUUUGGCAUGUGAUGCUGGACGACAGUGGACAGUCAAGCAGAAUUAAGUGCUUGCUGGCAAUUUCUGUUGAAACUCUAGUUAUUGUGGAGGAGAGCUCAAGGGAUGUAAUCUUUGUUACACCAUGCCGAGCGAUUCUUGGUUGGUCAGCAAGUGGAAACAGUUUGAGGAUCUACUACCAUCAGGGUGAAUGCAUCACCAUUCAUGUGAGUCAGGACAGUGAUCAUGAUGAGCUGGUGGAACUAGUGGUGCGCCUGAGGUCAGUGUCCCCUGGCUGCCCAGGACUAGAGAUGGCCCUUAGGAGAAAUGGUGCCGGUCAGCUUGGUUUCCAUGUCCAGCCGGAUGGUGUAGUCACCCAAGUGGAGCCAACAGGUCAAGCGUGGCAGGCAGGUUUGAGACAGGGUGCUAGACUAGUCGAGAUAUGCAAAGUAGCCGUCUCCACCCUUUCUCAUGAUCAAAUGGUGGACCUCCUGAAGACCUCCACCAUGGUUACUGUCACUGUGAUACCUCCCCAAAUUGAUGGCUUGACAAGACGAGGGUGCAAUUUGCCUAACUGCAAGUACAAUCUGAGUAACUACGAGGGUGAUUACGAGAACUUGAAUGGUCACGAUGAAAUUGAAAACGCCAAAACACACAGCAAGCCAAUCAGCCAGCUGGCUGGAAACCACAAGAAGAAAUACGAGCGCAAUUUGUCCCCUCCACGCUCUAGCAACAGUUCUGGGUAUGGAACCGGAAGCAGCAAUAAGUCCUUUGUCGCCCGUUCUGCUAAUCCUGAGGGCACAAUGACCAGUUCAUCAAGCGGUCAUUCUGGUGAUGAACGUUGGUACGAGGUGAUGGAGGCGUCUGAAAAUGGAGACUCACCUCCGCCUUUACCAAUCCGCCUUGGUGGUGGUGUCAGUGCCUUCCACCAGGUCAAGGCUGGUACUGGCUCUGAGGAACAUAAAUACCUCUUGGCAUCCGGCACUUAUGCUGUAGGCACCAUUCAGGCCUUCCCGACACCCUAUGUUGAGUAUAAAAUGGCUGUUGCUGGAGAAAAACACGUGGAAGCUAUCAAAGGAGGAAAGGGGAGGUCGGAACGGGCCAUGGAAUACUUGGCCAGAGUGCCCAAGUUGCCUGAUUUCACACAAUCAAAUGAAAAUGUUCUGAAGAGCACUAGUCUUCCACCAGAGAUGGCAAUGAUGAGAAUGGGGAGUCCGUGUGGAACCCAUUCCAAUGGCACCAACUCUCCAUCUGAUAGACUACUUGGAGCUCGCAGUGAAGAUGAGCUUUCUGCAGGUAGUGUAAGUAAUUUGUCUCCUCAACUGCGCCGAGGCAAACGUGUAGAUCCACCCCUAACUACCUCAAGUGGAUCUUCAAGGAAUCAGAGUCCUCGAUCUUUUGGCUCCACAACACCUGGAGGUCGAAGUGACAAUGGUGAGCCUCGUUUGAGGCCUGGGGCCACUGGAAGAAGCGGCUCUUCCAACCGUAAUAGCGCCAGCCUCAACUCCAGUUCCCUUCAAGAAGACCUAAUGAGACUUAUCAACCCUGACUAUGCUACUGAAGAAAAUCCUGCUAAGGAUGGAGCUGUAAAUGCAAGCAAUAAGGUCGUAGGAAAAAUUCCCUGCUUGGAUGUUUCCAUGUCCAACAGGAACAUCACCCGUUCGCGCUCCAGGGAAAACCUCGUUGUGGGAACUCCGCUUUCUAUGAUUUCUCAGGGGUCUAUGAAUAGCUUAGAAAGGGCAGCACCCAGUGAAGUAAUAUUCACAACAGCCAGGCCAGCGACUGUUAUUUCAAACGCCUCCACUGCCUCCAGUCCUGCCCCCAGUGAUACAAAAUAUGCCAAAGAAGAGAGGUUGUCUCCUCACGUCGCUAAAUUGACACCUGCGAAAAUGCCUUUGCCAGAUACAAGGGAAAUGGACUGGCCAAGCUUAGUGGACACGGCUGCAAGGGCAAUGCUGGAAGAGGGCGCAUUGUUGAUGAAUGAGGAACCCAGCCCUGCUGACUGCGGCCCGGGAACUGACUCUGUUCCUGAAGCAGCCAGAAAUGGUGAACGCCUUGGCCACUGGGUGGACAAUGUGGCUGACAAGCUUGGACUAGACACAUCACCAAACAAUGCUAAUCAAAACAGACAAGCGUCAAAUGUGCCGCCAAAACAGAUGAGCAACUUGGAGACACGAGUAGUGCAUGAAACUCGACGGCGCCUCAACCUUGAAGACGAGGUGCGUCGUCUGCGAGAUGAGAACCGUCGGUUGCAGGAAGAAUCCCAAGCGGCCGCACAGCAGCUGCGCCGCUUCACAGAGUGGUUCUUCAAAACUCUUGACAAACACUGAACCGGUUACUAAAAGUGACUCUCUUUCCGUUAUAGUUCACUUAGCAUCCCCCAUCCCGUACCCUCUAUAA